CAAAAACUGGUCCUAUUAUUAUGCUCUGAGAUGGAAGCAAGGGGCCUUACACCUCAAGGUUUUGACAAAGAUAAGAUUAUAUAUGCUCUGGGACUUAAUAAGGAGAGCCAGCCAUUCAGAGAUUAACUUAUAAGAAAAAUAUAAAGGGAAAGCAAAGCACAACCCAAGUCCAUUCGGUUGUCAACAAUUCUCUUUUAGUUUAUCUGUUUGGUUGUCGAGGAAACGGAGGGAAAAUGUGCAAACCUACAAGAAAUGUCCACCAUGCUUUGUAGAACCCCACAAAAGAAAAUCCCAAUCCAUGUUCCAAAACCCAUAUUCUCUAUUCCAUGUCGCUCACUCUCUGCCAUGCCACCUGCGGCGGCAGAGCUGGAACAAGUUGCUGCCAUGGCCGAACUCAUUCUAAAAGCUGCCCCAGAAACUCUACCCGAAACUCUUCUCAACUCCACUUUAGAUUGGUCCCCGGACCUAGUUGAUAAGAUCCUUAAACGACUCUGGAACCAUGGACCUAAAGCCCUCCAAUUUUUUAGGGUCCUCGAUCGCCACCCUAAGUAUGCUCACUCCUCCUCUUCAUUCGACCAUGCAAUUGACAUUGCCGCCCGUUUGCGGGACUAUAAGACAGUUUGGACCCUAGUUGCUCGCAUGCGCUCUCGCCGGCUCGGUCCCGAACCCAAAACUUUCGCCAUUAUUGCCGAGAGGUAUGCCGCUGCUGGUAAGCCUGAUAGAGCUGUUAAGGUCUUUUUGUCUAUGCACGAACAUGGUUGUCCUCAAGAUUUGAAUUCAUUCAAUGCUUUUCUUGAUGUGUUAUGUAAGUCAAAUAGGGUAGAAAAGGCUUAUAAUUUGUUGAAAGUUUUCAGGACUAAGUUUAAGGUUGAUACCAUUAGUUAUAAUAUAAUUGCAAAUGGGUGGUGUUUGGUUAAGCGAACUCCCAAGGCAUUGGAGAUUUUGGAAGAGAUGGUGAAGAGAGGAUUAAACCCAAGUUUGACUACAUAUAACAUAAUGCUUAAAGGGUAUCUUAGAGCUGGUCAGAUUAAGGAAGCUUGGGAUUUUUUUAUGGAAAUGAAGAGAAGGGAUUGUGAAAUAGAUGUUGUUACCUAUACCACUUUAGUUCAUGGUUUUGGUGUUGUUGGUGAGAUUGCAAAAGCUCGGAAAAUUUUUAAUGAGAUGGUUGGGGAGGGUGUGCUUCCUUCAGUUGCCACUUACAAUGCUUUGAUUCAAGUUUUGUGUAAGAAAGAUAGUGUUGAAAAUGCCAUAGCUGUUUUUGAGGAGAUGGUGAAGAAGGGUUAUGUGCCUAAUUCUAUAACUUAUACAGUGUUGAUUAGAGGACUAUGUCAUGCGGGUCAGAUGGAGAGGGCGAUGGAGUUUAUGGACCGAAUGAAGGGUGAUGAUUGUGAGCCAAAUGUACAGAUAUACACCAUUGUGCUCCGUUACUUUUGUGAGGCUGGGGAGAUUGAAAAGGGGUUGAAUGUGUUUGAGAAGAUGAGCAGUGCGAAUUGCUUGCCCAAUUUGGAUACCUACAAUGUUUUGAUAAGUGCAAUGUUUGUGAGGAAGAGAUCAGAAGAUUUGUUGAUUGCUGGGAAAUUGUUAAUUGAGAUGGUUGAUAGAGGAUUUCUACCCCGUAGGUUGACGUUCCAUCGAGUUUUGGAUGGACUUUUGUUAACGGGUAAUCAAGCUUUUGCAAGAGAAAUUUUGAGAUUACAGACCAAAUGUGGACGCCUUCCUCGUCAAUUCAAAUUAUAGGGCUGUUUGAUGUUUCAAAUUAGCUAUUGAACUUGAAUUGGAGUGUAAGUGGAAUUCAUUUAUUUGAUUGGGUGAAUAGGUCUUGGAAAGACAUUUCAAGUUAUAAAAAGCAAUGUUUCCGUUUGUAAUCUCCAUUUUUGGAGUUUUGAAUUGAGUUGGUCAGCCUCUUCAAGUAAGUUUUAAUACUAGUCAUUGUUGCUUCUGUAAGUGGUCAACAAAUGGGAUUGGCUAAGGAUAACCGAACUCUUUUUAAUCUUGAGUCUUCCACUGGAAAUGAUACUUUGCAGGGCAACAAUUAGAUGAAGAAGAGUAUCAGUUUGGUUAAUUCUGAGAUUCAUUUGUUUCUUCUCUGGGCUAUUGAAAUCUCAUGUUUUGGGAUACCAUUGUUGCCAAUUUAUUUCAUAAAACAUAAAAUUUAUUGUAUCAUCACUUUGUAAUUCAAGGGGCAGUGAUAUACCAUUACCAAAUACAAAAAUCUUAGAUGGGCACUUGGAAGUUUUUUUUUUUGUUUAAUUAUGUAUAGGAAUGAAAGUUUCAUUUAAUAUAAUUGAAAGAGAAAUUUACAUGAGAU